CAUUGGAGAGCAAGCAGCACAAACCAGAGCUCCUCAGGAAGAGCUAAGCAAUCGCAUCGCAUCAGAUCACCAACAUCCAUUCCUAGCUUACUAGCUAGCUGAUCCCAAUGGCGAGCAGCACCGCUCUCUCCUGCCUGGCCGCGCUCCUGCUCCUCGCGGCCGCAGCGGCGCCGGCGUCGGCGGCCGAGAAGGAGACCCGGCUGCGGGUGUACUGGCACGACGUGGUGAGCGGCGGGCCGAACGCGAGGGUGGUGCAGGUGGCGCAGGCGCCGUCCUCCAACACCUCUGCCACCGGCUUCGGCACCGUGCUUGUCAUCGACGACCCGCUCACCGAGGGGCCCAGCCUGACGGGCUCCAGGCUACUCGGCCGCGCGCAGGGCCUCUACGUCAGCACCGGCAAGGACAGCCUGUCGCUGCUCAUGGCCAUGAACUUUGUCUUCGUCGACGGCGCCUACAACGGGAGCAGCAUCGCCAUCGUCGGCCCCAACCCGGUGAACCGGGCCGUCAGGGAGAUGGCCGUGGUCGGCGGCACCGGCGUCUUUCGGUUUGCGCGCGGCUACUGCCAGUUGCGGACCCACUGGUUCGACGCCAAGACCGGCGACGCCACCGUGGAGUACAAGAUCCAUCUCCGCCACGACUGAUGCAUUAUCAGCUGAACUAAUAAUAAAAGGGUUCUUGGAUCCAAAAAACUUAUUUUAGUCUGACUAAAAAUAGUCUCUUUAAGAGGCUAAAGUUCGAAGCACCCUGAUUAAAGAGGGGCUAAAAUUAGUCUUAAGACUAAAAAAAUUUAGUCCGGGUAUGCCAAUUAAAAUGUGGAUUAGUACUUUCUCUACUCAUUUAACUCCUCUCCUUUAACACAGGCAAAUUCUGGAUUGGAGGGUUUGGAGAAUAAUAAAUGUUCAUUAACUUAAUUUUA